AUGUCCCGAAAGCAGGCGGCGAGGAGCCGGCCGGGCAGCGGUAGCCGGAAAGCCGAGGCGGAGCGCAAGCGGGACGAGCGGGCGGCGCGCCGGGCUUUGGCGAAGGAGCGGCGGAACCGGCCCGAGCCCGGAGGCGGCGGCGGCUGCGAGGAGGAGUUCGUCAGCUUCGCCAACCAGCUGCAGGCCCUGGGGCUGAAGCUGCGGGAGGUGCCGGGGGACGGCAAUUGCCUGUUCCGAGCUCUUGGCGAUCAGUUGGAGGGACACUCACGAAAUCAUCUCAGGCACCGACAAGAGACUGUGGACUAUAUGAUACGGCAGCGGGAAGACUUUGAGCCCUUUGUAGAGGACGACAUUCCUUUUGAGAAGCAUGUGGCCAGUUUGGCAAAGCCUGGUACUUUUGCUGGCAAUGAUGCAAUUGUAGCCUUUGCAAGAAACCAUCAGCUGAAUGUGGUGAUCCAUCAGCUCAAUGCUCCUCUGUGGCAGAUCCGGGGCACUGACAAGAGCACUGUGAGGGAGUUGCACAUCGCCUACCGGUAUGGGGAGCACUAUGACAGCGUCCGGAGGAUCAAUGAUAACUCAGAAGCCCCUGCGCAUCUCCAGACUGACUUUCAGAUGCUUCAUCAGGAAGAGUCAAAUAAGAAGGAAAAGACAAAGACAAAGGGAGCUGACUUGGAAGACGACCUGAGAGACGAAGUAGAAGAUGCCGUCCAGAAAGUGUGUAAUGCAACUGGGUGCUCGGAUUUUAAUUUAAUAGUACAGAACCUGGAAGCUGAAAAUUACAAUAUUGAGUCUGCAAUAAUUGCCAUGCUACAAUUGAACCCAGGGACAAGAAAUAAUGCCGAGGAGAACCUUGAACCCAGUGGCCAGGUGCUGAAGCCGUGUGACCCUUUAUGGGAGGAGGGUGGCAGCGGAACCAGACUCUUUGGAAAUCAGAGCUUAAAUGAAGACAGGACGGAAAGUGGCAAAGCACAGGCCAGCACUUGGGAAGAAAACAAAGCAAAUAAAAACCAGCCUGCAAAGGUCACCAACAAGCAGCGGAGGGAGCAGCAGCGGCUGGAGAAGAAGAAGCGGCAGGAGGAGAGGCACCGCCUCAAGGCCCUUGAGAGCAGGAGCAGCCACAAGGAGGCCCACAGGAGUGAGGCAGAUGCAAAUGCCCAGGUCACCCUGGUGAAGACCUUUGCUGCUCUGAACAUCUGACUUGGCUUGUGGGAGCUGGAGGAACGCGGGGAGGCCAAGCACUGCUGGCCAGGCUUUCCAGAGAGGCCUUCCUCUGCUGAGAUGCAGCCACAAGACUCACACCUGACCUCACACACCGAGUUAGUUCCCUCAGGCCACCUCCUUUUGGUCAGGGUUGAUCCAUGCUGUGUCUGGUUAUAGGAAAGUAUGGUGGAGCCAUUCACAUUAAGUGACACGAACUCUCAAUACUGUGUUUAGGGGUGGGUCACUAUGGUUAGGUCAGGAGAAAGCUUUCACAUGUGGCUUUAUUUGCCCUGACAAUCUCGUUCAGUGACUUUUUGCUCUUCCCUUAAUAUCUGGGAUGAGUUUGCUGUCAUUGCUUACAAAGUAGUUUAGCAUUAUCAUUAUAAAUUCAGAAUGAGAAAUUUCCUUUGUUUCUCUUUCAUUUUCAAGCAGAUACUAACACCUUAAGAUGGUUUAGCCAAUGGUUUCCAACUCAGGAACAUGUUAAGAUUUAAUUUGCUUCUAACUAAGAAAGGGUUUUCCCUGUGUUCAUGUCAUAGGAGAGGUGGCCACAGCAGUUGGGAUGGAAGCUUGCUACAUCUCUCUCCUCAUCUCUUUUGUAAUUUCUGAGGUGCAGAUGUUGUGGGCUCCCCCACUCAAACCAUGUGGGGGUGCACCUGACUGUCAAAGAGGCUGCCCUUUGCUGGGAGAGCCCACAGUGCAGUGGAGUGAGUCUAAAGUGUUGGUUUCUGGACAGUUAGGAAGUUGGCUUGUGACUGUGUGUGGUGCAGCACUGGAACCAAGUGCUUAGGGCAAAGUGCUUGUAAAGCGAGAAGCCAGGGGCCCUUAGGUUCUUGCUUAGGAAGAGUAGAGAAUUAUUAACUCCUACAGGAAAAGUGUGGUUACCUAUCUAAGGAAUCACUGCAUUUUUCUUCCUGUUGUGCUAGACUUGGAAAGAUGCCCUUAGAAAUGGUGACUUGACCUCAUAAGUUGCGAAAUUUUCUUAGCGUUGUGGAGAUGAAAUCCUAUGAUAUAACUGGGCAUGGCGGCUCAUACCUAUUCUAGCACUUGGAGGCAAAGGCAGGAGGAUUGCUGCAAAUUUUACAUAAAGAGUUCUAGACCAGGUGGGCUGCAGAGACCCGGUCUCAACUGCCAUCCCAUUAAAAAAAAAAAAAAUCCCAUAACAUGCAUCCUUUAUUUCUGUUUACUUAAGCCUUACUUGGAUUUUGGAACUGGAAAAAGUACAGCACUUGCCCAGAGCUGUCAGAGGCUGGUCUAGCCUGCAGAGAAGAGGAGCCUCCAUUGGUUGGGCCCUCAGUGACCCCGGUUCUAAAGCCCAUUGGGAUGUUCUUUCCAGUCUGGGCUAGGUGGACAUGAGCAGUAACCUGUUGCAUAUGAGGUGACCAGUCUUGCAUACAUGUCUUUGCCUUAAGAAGCCUAGUAUUUGGGCUUGUAAUAGAUAUGCUGGGUCAGUUGAUGAAAUGGUUGUUGUCUCCAGGGACAAAGGAAGAAUUGGAAGAGUCUAGAUAUGUAGAGGCUUGUCACUGUCUGGGCAGGUCCUGGGUUCAUGGAUGGUCUGUUAUAAGUAGGCUAUUUGCUUUCUUCAGUUUUAAUGAUGUCUUUUAAUUUUUUGUUUGACUGCAAGACUUUUGUGUUUGGAACACCAAAGUCCUUUGGCAUUGCUCCCAGAAUGUUGUGCUUUGCGCUGCUUCUUGGAUACACACAUGGCAGUGGUUUUCAGAUUUACAAACUACACACAUCUUUCUCUGCACACACAGUCCUCAGUUCUAGCCUGGGAAGGCUUGCUGCUGCUGCCCUCUGAGAAGGGCAAGGGUCUUGGAGAAUGUGUGGCUUGAGCUCUUGUGGACACUCUUUGUUACCCACUUUCUACUGCCAGUAAAGCAUGCCAGGUACUCUCAGCAAGACUCAGAAGUCAGAGUAGCUGGGACCCGGCUCUACAGCCAGCAGUGAAAAAGUCAGGAAAAGCUUUCCAGAGACCCGCUAGCAACAGUAAUAGAAUUGCUUUGUUUACUUGGCUAAUGAGGAUGGCCUUGGGCCCUGAUGGGUUUUACAAGUUUUAGAAGCUGCUAAAAAGUUAUUAAAGAAUACUGGGAACAUUCUUUUAUAAAUUACCUAAUUCUGAUGAUGGGUUUCGGCAUUUUUGGAGUACAAUUAACAGUGGUUUUAAGAAACAAUCAACUGGCUUUAGUAAUUUUCUUUUAUUACCAUCUCAACAGUUUUCUUGUCAGAAUUGGUGUAUAUUGUGUAUUGCUAAUUAUUGGAAGUGCUCCUAGCCACAAUGAUGUCUUCUGUCUAAUUCUGAAUGUGGGUUUCACUGCCAUAGCCCCACCGAGUGAAAGCUGGGCCCUUCGUAGGCUCGUGUGGGACCUGCACUGAGAACUGACUCUUGACUCUGCCUGCAUCGGCUGCUGGAGGCUCAGGCUCAGGACAGCGCCCUGAGGGCUGUAGCGAGGCUGGGAAGAGCGCAUAGAGUAGUGGUUCCUGGUUACUCACUGACUUUAGGGACUGUGCAAAAGGGUUUAAGGAUUUUAAGAGUGAUUUUUUUUAAAGGUAUGAAUAAGAGAAAAGUAUUUUAGUGGCAACAGCUUUGAACUCGACAGACAGUUGUUCUUAACCUGCAACCAAGACAACUACAUAAUAGAUUGUCACCAGGAGACAUUAGAGACACAUAAUGCUUUUAUGCAUAUUUAGUUUUCAAUAUUAUGAGCAUAUACUUUUCAAGAGCAAAGUGUAGUUGAGGAAUUGUGGCAGAGAGAAGAAUCCUAAAUGUUAGUCGAAGUUGUCCAUACUUUCUUUUAUGAGCACUUAACUUUUCCUACUCUAUUCUUAUUGAGAAAUGGGGUCUUGCUUUGGGGUAGCUGGGCUCAGUGGGAAGCUGUAGCUGAAGUCUGAUGCUGCCCCACUCCUCUGGGGAAUUGAACACCGGGCAACGUGAAGGUGGGGCUGUGGAAGAGCGAAGACCGGGGAGAGGUGCGCACGUCAUGUGGCCGUGUCUGGUGGACGUUGACAGCAGACUGUACUCGUAGUGUGGCCCUGUGGUCAGUGUGUGAUUUCUCACAUUCUGAGAAACUGGCGUCCACCUGGGUUUUACCAGGUCAUUGUAGUGUGCCCUCAGUUUACCUCUGAACUGUUCAACUCAGAAAUCCAGUCUAUUCCAGAAACUUCUUAAUCAGUGAACUCAGUCACCUUAGGUGGAAUGAGAAGAUGCUUCCUGCUGGAGCUGUCAUCCCCGUGGCCCUCCUCAGUCCUCAUGCUGGUAGACCCAUAGCCCUGCUCCUCUGACCUCAGCGUCUGUCUUUCUGUCGCACCUUCAGACAUAGUCUGAUGCCAGGUUUCUGUGGCUGUGCCCUUCACUGUCUGGCCCCUCUCUGCUCGCAGAUCAGGUGUUGCUGAAACCCUGGGCCUCCUGCGUGCACUGAGGCAUUGUCAGUGCCUGCCCGUCGGGGCGUCUCCCUGGCUUACUGCACAUUCUGCUUUGCCACUUAAGCUGUGGGUUUGGUUCUCACAAAUGUGACAUGAUAAGCUAGGCUCAUUGAAUACUGAGCCCCUGUCACUCGUGGGAGCGCAACCUGCUGCACCUCAGGCAGGGCUCAGGAAGGAGCUGUGCCUGGGACUGCCCUGCCCUCUCUGUCCCAGGAAAGUCCUGUUCAGGUUCAGAGCCUCAGUUCUGAUCCUUUCUUCCAAGAUGUUCUUUUCUAGAGUAUCUACUAAACUAUCCUUUACUAUGACUGUUCUAUAGCUCAAUGACCAUGUGGACCAUCCUCAGAAAGUUACUUGAGAAGGGUCUGGUACCAGUACAAAGAAUUUCCCUGAAAACGUGUACUUUGUACAAUGAAUUUAUUUUAAGCAGGGCAUACCCAUGACCCAGAGCUGCUUGUGCCCACUGUGCUGGGUGUCACCCAAAGUCCUGAGCACUGGAGGAAACCUCUGGGAUCUGGCUCUGAUCUUUGCCUGUGAGCACCCAUGACAAUCUUUCUAGUUCUGUCAGGCCUCCAUGUAUGGUUUUAUCUCCAGCAAGCCCCUGAGCUAAUGUUUGAGCCAUGCUGGUGUGAGGCUCCACGUGUCGUCCUGCUGUUGGGAGUCCGUGUUCCAGAGCAGCUGGCCGCCUCCGUUCUUCACUAGCACUGAACAAGACAGUGUUGACUUGCACUCGACACCCAUGUACCCCCUUCCUGGGGUGGAAGUGUGUUUGUGGUCUGGAUCUCCUAGGAAGGAGGGCAGAUGUGUUUGCAGGGAAGGGGCCUUCUCCAUUUCUAAUUGCACUACACUUGUUCUAGCUUUGGUCUGGAGAUAUUUAAGACCUCUAUGGGGUCAUGAUCCAUAGACUUAGCAAGUCUGCCUUAUCUAUGGAGUUUGGUGAGAAAUGUGAACCUCGUCUGGUGUGUGUAGUUCAUUUCCUCCAGGCUGUUUCUUUCCACAGAUUGUGUUCAUGUGAACCAUUUUACUUUUUAUUUACCAAAGUACUGUACUUGGCUAUUUGCAGUGUUUUCAAAACCAAAUGUUUCUGUUUGUGUUUUUAAUCUUCAAUACUUGGUGCAAUAGGAGCUGCAAAGAUGUGCCACUUUAUCUAUGAAAUGGGUUUUGUAUACCAAUAAAUUCUAGUUUAAAAACAAA